UAUUAAAGAAAAUACUUAUGAUAUAAUGAUCUUAUUCAAAUAACUAAUUUUGUUUCACUAGUAUGUGAGUUGGUCUAUAUACUUAUACAUCAAAUAGUAUUAAUCUCGAAAAAAAAUCAGAAUGCUAGGGAUGAAUGGAUUUAUCGCCCCGAUAAUAAAUUGGCAAUUACCUUCGGAGAGCGGCUGUUAUAUCAUGAAACCUCGUCAGGGUUAUGCGAUAACUGUUUGAAAAUAAAUCUGAACACCACUAUCUCUGCGUUAAAUCAUUCAAAAAACCACUGUCCUCUGUAUCAAAUCCUUGAAAAGGCUACUAUCGAUAAAACUCAAACGCUACUCCUUAAAGGUCAACCCUAUAUAAGGGUCUGUAGUGUAUCAGGUGUGUGCUACUGUUUUGUUUGUUUCCAAAUGUCUUAUUUAACAUUUUUUGAUUUAGAAGUUACUGAAGACAGCCUUACAACUCCGAACCAGAUACCAUUUGGACUGCCUCUAUUCUUGGAAUCUGCUAGCCCAAGCUACUUCCAGCUGAUCAAGGAGUGGCUUCGACUUUGUGACGAAGGCAAAUGUUCAAACAAGAAAUCCUGUUGUCCUGAGUCUAUAAAUACGUUGCCAACUAGGCUUGUCGAUGUAAGAGAAAAGACUGGGUUCUGGAAAAUUGGUCCCGAUACUGUGUGCCUUGUUUCGACAAAGGGAUCUAUCUUGUUUACCAAGGGAAAAGAAAGACGCUAUGUUGCUCUAUCUCAUUGUUGGGGCAAAUCAACGAAAGAUCAGCUACUCAAAUGGCGUACUACAUGCAAAAACAAGGAAAAAAGGAAAAAAGGAUUUCCGGUCGCAGAAUUGCCAGCAACAUUCCAAGAUGCAAUCAGAGUCACUCGAGAGAUCGGCCAGCGAUACCUUUGGAUUGACUCGCUUUGUAUUAUUCAAGACGACGACGAGGAUUGGAAAAGUGAAUCCAAGAGUAUGCAAACAGUUUUCAAGAACGCUUACUGCACGAUUGCUGCUACCUCUGCCGAAGAUUCAACCAAAGGAUUUCUCAAUCGACCGACGAAUGAGUCAGAUUUGCAAUACGUGACAGUGUCAGAAUCCUCACAUGGCAAAGUCCAUAUCUGCAGAUCUAUCGAUAACUUUCUUGAUGAUGUGCAGAACGGUGUCUUGAAUACACGGGGUUGGGUAUUACAGGAACGAGCCUUGUCACGACGAACAAUUCAUUUCACCAACAGACAAACGUACUGGGAGUGUGGUGGUGGGGUGCGUUGCGAAACGCUUACUUGGAUGAAAAAGUCAGUCUCUGAUUCAAAAUUAUUGCUUUCUUUUGAUACUUCACCUUUCUUUAUCGCUAUUAAAUACUUAUUAAUACAUUUGUUGAUUUUUUUUUACAAUUUAGCGACCUGUUUGCUUUUCGAAGCGACCCAGAGUUUCCUCAAUCUAUCAAGAACCGUUCAGUAAAGGCUCGAAUCGAGCUUUUUCAGACUCUUUUUGAGGAAUACUCAGGUUUAAACCUUACAAAUGAGACAGAUAGACCCAUUGCAAUCAAUUCAUUAGCUAUGGAGUUGGGAGCAGCACUCGACACCAAUGUCACAUAUGGUAUUUUUGAAUGCUAUCUUCACGAAAGUCUCUUAUGGCAACGAUCCCAGAAAAUUUCCGAUAAACAAAUACCUUUCAAAACUGACGAGGCCCCUCCAUCCUGGUCUUGGAUGUCACAUCCCUGGAAAAUACGAUAUCUUUCUCCCGAAAGAGUUGAAUGGGAUAGGCAUGUCAGACUAGUGGUCAGCAAUCAGAAGAAUAAUUCUUAUAUCUUGGAGGCUAGAGUGAAACGACAUCAAGAUUUUAAGAUUGAACAUGACAACGACGACAAAGAUGGGUAUCUAUGGUCUGAUAAGGAUAAGAAUGAAGAGCUUGGGCAUUUUUGUUUUGACAACAAAUUGGAAAAGUCUGCAACAGAGAUACAGUUUGCUAUAAUAGGAAGAGAAGCUGGACCAAAGGAUGAUGAAUGGAAGUAUUAUAUACUUCUUGUUACAGAAUGCUCGGACCACAGAUCUUUCAAAAGGGUUGGAAUGGGUUGGAUUCAGCAUCGUUUCAUAUUGUUUGGUGAUCAAGACGAUGUGGUACAGAUUUCCUAAUAUUCUGUUUUGCAGUUUGAUAUUACAAUAGGCUGCAACAGGAUACAUAUGAUCAAGGGACCUUAGGUUCAGUGAUUGGAAUAAUCAUAAUAGUACCCUUGGGAGGUAUAGGAAAGAGCAGCGAUUUAGUGCGAGCUAGGAGAAUGAAGGCUUCCCUAUUCUAGAGCUUCGUGCUCAAGGCAAUCACUAUACUCAGUUACAUCAUUACCAUCACAAUACAUUCGUUAUAACAAUCGGAUGUUACAAGGGUUGCCGUCUAGAUCACGUGGAAGUGCUCUAGGCUUCUCGAGGUGGUUUAUAACUAACUAGGCGUCAAGGAGGGACUUAAGUAACAACAAUAAUGGCAUGCAAUUCGUAACUAAUAGUAGAUUAUACUAAAUGAUUGAUCUUGAGCACGAAGCUCUACAGUAAGGGAAUCCAUCCUGAUUAUAUAGACCUCC